AUGGCAUAUACGACAUCAUAUGACGGGACAAACUCUGGGCUCCAAGUUGGGCAGAACCUUGGUCAUAUUACUACUCAAUUCCUACAAUCGGAAGCUUCAUUGAAUCAAGCGUGCCUACGGGAUCUGCGAACGACCAAUCCUCACCAUGACAAAGAUCGUAUCCAGAACACCAACGGAGGGCUGCUCAAAGACUCAUACUGCUGGAUUUUCGACAGCGAGGAGUUUCAACAAUGGCAAGACAAUCAGAGCAACUGUCUCCUCUGGAUCAGAGGCGAUCCGGGCAAAGGCAAGACAAUGCUCCUCUGCGGUGUUAUCGAGGAGCUAACACAGUCGUUUGGGGGCACUGCGAAUGUUUCGUUCUUCUUUUGCCAAGCAACCGACGUGCGAAUCAAUAAUGCCACAGCUGUUCUCCGUGGCUUAAUAUAUUCGCUUGUUAAAAAGCAGCCAUCCCUUCUCUCCCAUGUAAAGAGUCAAUAUGACCACGCAGGAAAAGCAUUGUUCGAGGAUAUAAACGCAUGGGAUGCUCUCUCGAGGAUCUUCACGGAUAUCCUGAAAGACCCGACCUUACAGAGCACCUAUUUGAUUAUCAACGCGCUGGACGAAUGCACAACAGGCCUGACUUCCCUUUUCCACUUGAUUACUCACAUAUUGUCUGUUUACCCACAGGUAAAGUGGAUUGUCUCGAGCCGCAACUGGCCUGAUAUCGAAGAGCGUCUUGACACUACCCACACUGCUCCGAUCUCAUUAGAGCUAAAUGAAGUUUCUGUAUCCGAAUCAGUGAGCAGAUUCAUUCAACAUAGGGUUCACCAUUUGGCGAAAGUUAAAAAAUAUAGCGAUGAUACUCGCCAUACGAUCUGCCGUCACUUGUCAUCAAACUCGCAAGGCACUUUCCUUUGGAUCGCUUUAGUCUGUCAAGAACUUGAUAGAACAUCGCGGAGGCACGCCCUUAAGAAGCUGGAGGCGUUCCCUCCUGGACUGGAUGCCUUGUACGACCGGAUGAUAGAUCAGGUUCGCAGCUCGGAAGAUGCCGAGCCCUGCAAGCGAAUACUGGCUGUCAUGUCCAUAGUAUAUCGGCCUGUCGCAUUCGACGAACUGGCCUCUCUUAUUGAACUACCUGACGAUCUCUCUCAUGACUCUGAGACCCUAUCAGAGGUUAUCGCGACUUGUGGCUCGUUUCUGACUUUUCCUGGAUUCCCGAUAGACAAAGUCAUAACACCCAGUCCGAAUCCAUUAGCAGCCGCAAAAUAUGCGUGUAUUUAUUGGAUAGACCACCUCGAAGCUGGCACGCGCAACGAAAGUUAUGGUCUUAUACUUAAUGAGAGGGUUCGCGUGGAUGCAUUUCUGCAGCAGAAGUACCUUCACUGGCUUGAAGCUCUUAGCGUUCUAGGAAGCGUGUCAUAUGCUAUCCAAGGCAUGAAAAAGCUUGAGAUGGUACUCCAAGAGAAGGACGAUUCAGAAACAAUAAUUCGUCGCGCUGAAGACGCCCUCAGGUUCAUUCGAUAUCACAGAACAGCAAUUGAAAGCACCCCUCUACAGGUUUACUGUUCACCUCUCAUCUUCAGCCCAGCCGAAAGCUUCACGAGAACAUGUUAUCAAAAGGAAAGACCAGACUGGGUUUUGAAUGAUCCAGUAGUUGAGAAAUGUUGGGGUCUGUGUCUCCAAACUCUGGAGGGGCAUACAGGUCCGGUCUUUUCGAUUGCCUGGUCUCAAGAUGGAAGCCGAUUGGCAUCAGCAUCUAUUGAUAAGACGAUUAGGAUCUGGGAUCCGACCUCCGGUCAGAGCGUGUCAACUCUAGAGAGGCAUGCUGAGCCAGUCAGCUCAAUUUCCUAG